AUGGCAUCUGCAGCGUUCUUUACCCGUGGCAUGAUGGUCGAGCAGAUUGUGACACCAGAUCUACUGUUCGAUGAAAAAGCGGCGAAAGCGCACGAGGCGGCGCAGCGCAAGGCCAAGGUGGUCGCUCGUGCUGCCGGAGAGUCAGCGCGGCUCCGCAAUGUCGAGGUGCGGCGGAAGCUCGCUGUUGCCGAGCGCGACCGACAGCAAGCAGCAAAGGCCAAUGCCUGGGCGAAGGCAGCAAUUUAA